AAUUGUCUUGAUUCAUUGAAUGAGUUUCAUUCACCUGCAGUAGACUUUGAUUAACCGUUAUGAUUGAUUCUAUUAACAAUGAUUCUUGACUUGCUCCAUCAUAAUUUGAUUUGUUCAUUUUGUUUUUCUCUUGUACUUAUGUAAAUUAUUCAAUGUUAAUGGCGAUUUUUUAACCACUUUAACUACUUUAAUUUACUUUCUUAUUAGUAUUUCUGCUUACGUAUUCACAUGACGAAUUCGGAUUCAGUUGUAAUUAUCAACAUGUUAUGAUUCAAUCAGUUUAUUGUUUCAAGUUAAUCAAAACUAACAAGUUGUUCUCUGUGAUAAGAUUUAACGAUCAACGAUCAAAGUGUUUAGUUUCUCAGCGUUUUAAUCGGCAGUUCCGAUCUUUAUCUGCUUAUUGUCAACAAAAUCUAUUCUCUCGACACAAAUUUAAUUACUCAACUCAAAUUGGAACCAUGAAUAAUGAAAGGAGUAAACUUCUUAUCAUGGAUAUAGCAUCGAAUGCUAUUGAACCAACAUUCUCAGAAAACUUGGAGAAAAUUCGUAAAUCACUCAUGGUUUAUGACAUCCAUGCACCAAAUUAUGAUCUUCAUGAUAAAUUAAAUGCGAAUGGAUUUCGCACACUGAUCAAAUUGAUGGAAAGCUUUUCGAAAUUAGCUUAUGAUGAUAUGAAAAUGAAAUCAUUCGGUGGUGUGUCUCCUCAUUUAGUCAAAAUCGCUGAAGUUUUUGCUAACAUGUUGGGUCAUCUCGAUGAUCGUAAAGUAUUUGAAAACAAUAGUUUAAUGUGGUCACCAGAUCCAGAAUUCAUCCAAUUCGCUUUUUCCUUUGAGCCUUUGAUGCAUUCGUUUUAUGCUCGUAACCACAAUUUCUGGUUGUGCCCUUCAAUCCGAUCCAUUCUUGGUAAUUAUAUUUCAUUGGUCGCCUACAAGUCCGUCAAUUUCUGUGACAUGUAUCGACUCUUUUCACGGGCCAGUACUUCUCGUUUAUUCGCGGAUUAUGCCCUCAACGUGUCCAUCGAUUUCGUUCGUAUGGUCUGGGGUAUCUCCGAAGCCGCUUUCUACAAGAAACUUUAUCCAAUGAUUCUUUUUGGGAACCGACCUUCUCGGAAGAAAACGAUGUUCGCACCAAGACAAGAAUAUGCCAAAAUUGUUGGAGAGAACGGGUUAAUCGACUUGUCGGACUCAUUAAAAGAUACAUGGAAUUUGAAUAAACCUGUUCGCUUUCGCCUUCUCCAAGAUACUAAAAGUGGUUUAUCAACAUCUACUCUGGUUUUCCACUGCCAUGGGGCUGGUUUUGUUGCUCAAUCGCCGGAGUCUCAUGAGAUCUACUUAAGAGAUUGGGCCAUAAAGCUCCGCGGUGUCCCUUUGAUUAGUGUUGAUUAUCGUUUGGCUCCAGAAUUCAAGUACCCAAAUGGACUUCAAGAUUGUCUCGAUUUGUAUCUUUGGGUGACCAGUGGACUUGACGAAGUUCUUGAGCUGAUCGGCUUCCAUCCGAAGCGAAUUAUUUUGUGUGGCGAUUCUGCAGGCGGUGGUCUGUGUAUCAGUUUAACUUUAGUUCUAAAUGAAUUGAGAAGAUCGAUGAAUAUUCAAAUGCCUUCGGCAUUGAUUCCGUUUUAUCCCGUCUGUUCAUUACAAACUUGUGCCUCUCCAUCUCGUUUGUUGACAUUUUUUGAUACUUUUCUACCAAUUGGUGUUUUACUCAGUAUCUUGGACGCUUAUUUCGUCGAUAAUAACUCAUCCGAUCCUCUCAAAAUUGACGGAAAAGAAAAAAGUAAUGCAAUCAAACAGAAACAAUCUUUCGGCAAGAAUCAAGAUGUAGGUCCACAUUCCAUGAGGCCUCCGUGGUACAAGGAAACCGAUUACAAAGAGAGAUUGGCAUCAAUCAAUCGAAUAGCAGCCGAUCCAUUUGCAUCGCCAUUAAAUUAUCAAAACUUUGCCACAUUAAACGAUGUAGCACUUAACAUAAUUGUUGGUGAAUUCGACCCUUUAUUAGACGAAGCAAUUGAAUUUACCAGAAAAUGGAAAGGUCCAGUCUCUUUCGAUGUUGUACCCAACAUAUCACACGGGUUCUUGUAUUUCGCCAACAUCAGUGCCCACAGCAAAAAAGCGACCAAUUUGUGCUUUCAAAGGCUCAUCGAGGCCGUUAAUUUCCCUCAAGCAAAGAUUUAGAUUGUUUUAUCGCAGUUGAUUAUGAGUUACGUGUUUACAUUGUUGAUCAAAUGACACGUAUUUUUGUACAUUUAGUUUAAAUUCACAAUUUUCAUGUUACUCAAAUGCACAAAUGCAAAAUUUACUGAUGAUUUAUAAUGUGUUUCUCAAUCUAAUAAUCGUAAAGGUUAACUUCAUCAUUAUGACCAAAGAUUUGUUGGGCUUGUUAACUACAUGACAAUUUGAAGUUUUAAAGUACAAUUAAUGAAUUAAAAUUAAUUUGAUCCAAACAAAAGA